AUGACCUCCAACACCACCCCCACCCCGGCCAGUGCCGCCACCGCCGCAGCGCCCCCACCCGCCGACAAUCCCCCGGCGACGUCGACGUCGACGUCGACGUCGUCCUCGUCGUCGUCCACCGAGCCCGCGCCACCCGCGUCAGCACCCGCGCGCUUCGUCCGCGGCUCCGUCGUCCCGCACCUCGACACGUCGACGCCGGCCAUCAAUGCCGGCGCGCCCGUCGAGAUGGACGCCACGCCCACGCCCACGUCGUCGUCGCCGGCCGAUCUGCUGCACCAGAACAGAUCGUCGCGCGGUGCCGGUGCCGGUUCCGUCGGUGUUGUCGUUGCGGGGGCGACGAGGAGACGCGGGGAGGGAGAGAUGGAAAGAGGAGGAGAAGGGAAUGGUGAUGAUGAAACGGCGGAGAGGCCGUCGAGGUGCGGCAGUACUCCGGAUCAUUUGGCGAGGGAGGAGGAGGUGUUGGAGGAGUUUGGGUUGGGCGGGAGGCUUGAGAACCGCGCAGCCCUACUGCAGUCGCGCAAGAGCGAUCCGGCAGUCUUGGUCGACAUACCCCAGGGUCCUUCGGUCGAGGACUUCGCCGCCGUUGGCCUCUUGAGUCCGGCUGCCGACGACAAGAAGGCCGAGGCGGUUGUAUGA